AUGGCAUCGGCUUCGAAAUCAUUACGAAGGCAAGAGCAGUUCUGCCUUGAUACCAUGGAAAACGUGCUGCAUUUCAUGCACAAUUAUGAUGAAGUGAGAGACAAAUUUCAAAUUGAAGGUUGGAAAACUCGUUUGAAUGAGGUUUUUUCUAAUUUCCAAACGAUUCGGUUGAAGUUGGAAUUGAUCGACGAGGAAGAAGAAAGUGAAGAGAGAGAAGAUGAAUAUCGAAGAGUUCGGGAUUCGUUCGAGAAAAACUAUGUGAAGGUGAUUGGCUUUCUUGCAGCCGCUGAUCGCAAGGCAAAUCCUCCUGUUCCUCCAGCCGUUGCUUCCAGCUCGGUCAACCUGAAUCCUAACCCAACUCUAUCUAGAAUAAAGCUUCCUGAAGUGAAGCUGCCUACCUUCGAUGGUACAUUCGCUGAGUGGUUAUCAUUCCGUGACUCAUUCAAGAGUCUUAUCGAUUCAAACCCUAAUUUAUGUGAAGUUGACAAGCUUUCCUAUUUAUUAGGAUCUCUUACGAAAGAUGCCAAACGUAUAGUGGAAUCGAUUGAGAUUACGUCGGCAAAUUAUUCGGUUGCGUGGGAGUUACUACAAAAUCGUUUCGACAACAAUCGUUCUAAAAACGUAUUUAGACUCUCUUUUCUCGAUAGAACCUAUAAAGAGAGAAUGCUAUGA